AGGACUUUGAAUCGAUCCGUAUCUCUUGUGUUGCUUAUUAUGCGAUAUGAAAAUCUGCAAAAGUGGCUUACUGAUGAAACAGCCCGGGAUCAGUUUGUCAUAAGAUGUGGCUCUGAUACUCAAGUUUUGUGGAACGAUACAAGGCAUUCCAAGUCUGAAUCUGUUCAUAAGCUUCAAAACUGGACGGGGAGUUUUGUGCAAUGGUCUCCUUUAGGCACAUACCUAGUGACACUUCUCAAUCCAGGUGUAGCUGUUUACGGUGGCGCUACUACUUUUGAACCUCUCAUGCAUUAUAGGCACCCCAUGGUAACACUAGUUGAUGUUUCUCCGGGUGAGAAUUACUUGGUAACCUACCAUAGUCAGAAACCAGACAACCCGCAAGAUGCAAGUCAAGUUGAGAUCAAAAUCUUUGAUAUGAGAAGCGGUAGAGUAAUGAGAGGUUUCAAAGGAAGUGCUGAUGAGUUUUCAGCUGGAGGAGACAGCCUCUCGUGGCCUGUCGCUCUUGUUCAACUCCCUAGCAAGGUGGAGAUAAGGCAGAAGUAUCUUUUAAAUGUGAGUGGUUGCAAGAUGUACUGGCAGAGCAAUGGGGACUAUCUCGCUGUCAAGGUGGAUCGAUACGGAUCAAAAUCAAAGAAGAGCACACAUUCAGGGUUCGAGCUUUUCCGAAUCAAGGAGAAAGAUAUUCCGGUAGAGGUUCUUGAGCUUGACAGCAAGAACGAUAAGAUCAUUGAUUUCUCGUGGGAGCCCAACGGUCACAGGUUCGCCGUGAUCCACGGCGACUUACCGAGGCCGGAUGUCAGUUUCUACUCGAUGAAAACCGUACAACACGGUGGAAGAGUUUCAAAGCUCGUUACCCUCAAGGCCAAGCAAGCCAAUGUCCUCUUCUGGUCUCCCACUGGCAAACACGUAGUCCUAGCUGAUGGGUUAAGUGGAUUCAAUGGUAAGCUUGAGUUUUACAAUGUGGACGAGUUUGUGACUAUGGCAACAGUUGACAACUUUAUGGCCACAUAUAUCGAGUGGGAUCCAAGUGGAAGGUAUGUGGGAACCGCAGUAACAUCAUCAGUCCACGAGAUGGAGAAUGGGUUUUCCAUUUGGUCAUUUAGUGGGAAGUUGCUUUACCAAACACUAAAGGAACAAUUCUCUCAGGCCACCGUCAUUGUUGUCGGACGAAAAGGAAGAAGAGGUGGCCAAGAAUCUGAAGAAGUACAGCGACAAGUACGAGAGGACGAUGACGUGUCAAUGUCGUUGAGCAAACAAGGGAAGGAGAAGAGGAGAAUGAUGAGAGAGGAAUGGGAGAUGUGGUUGAACAAGUGGAAGAUGUUUGACGAGGAAGAUCAAACUCAGAGGGAGAAUCAUCUUAUUGGUGACGACGAAGAGAAAGAAGAGUAUUCUUAUGAGACCAUGGAGGAGUUGAUCAAUGUCUCUGAGGAAGUCGUUCCCUAUGAGCAAGAACAAAAUGUUUAA